AUGCUCUAUGACUUCCAUCAACAUGAGAAUUCCAAGAAGCCAAAUUCCGUCAAUGCGACAUAUCUCCUUACCGGCGUCCUGGAGAAGCAGAAUAGCUUAAAGGACCAGGGACAAUUCAAGGACGGUGAGGAUGAGAUCAUGCAAAGUAGCCCGUUCAUGAGUAGUCAGGCUGUUCCGGACGAUGAAAGCAGUGAGGAGGAAAUCCAGGAGACUUCGGUCUUACUAGUAAGAGAAGAUGAAUUACAAGACGCGAAAGACAAGUACAGAACGAUAUACUCGAUAUUCAUGUACAGCGUGCAGCCAGCAUCUCCGCCUGACUUGCAUGCUGUGGCCGACAUAACGGCUCUUAUAUCUACGCAGGAUCCGUUACAGUAUGGGCUUAUGUAUGGGAUGAUACAGAAUAAGAAUGUAAAGCGACGAACUGGGCCUGUACCAGCACCAGCUCUGGUUUCUGCAAAACCCAAGGUUCCGAAACAAGCUGUCGUAAAACAAGAAGAGAAGUCACAAGAGGAACCAAAAGCAGAGACGAAGAGGGAAAUUGGAUCACGGCCUGCUUCUCGUCAAUCGUCAGGGUCUCAGACCACCGCCAAAGUCUCGCAAAGACCGGCGCCAUCGAAAAAUGCGAGUUCAGAUCUGUUCAAAGCUUUUGCAAAGGCCAAGCCUAAAAUUAAGAAAGCAGAACCGGCUACUGCGCCUGGAGUUGAAUCAGGUGAACCUAGCGGUGUUGAAGAUGUUGUCAUGGACGAUGACUCUGAAGAAGAACGAGAGGAUCUUUUCCUAGAUACUGGGGAGCGGACUACCAACAAAACCCGAGAGUCACGAAAAGAGCGAGAAGAGAAGCUUAGGAAAAUGAUGGAUGAUGACGAUGACGACGAAAUGCCAGACGUACAGGAAGACGUGCAAGAAGAAUCGCCUUCUGCUUCAGGAGAAACAAGCCAGGCAGACAAGGAAAAGCCAGAGCCAGCAGAAAACUCGUCUGAAUCGGCGCCUGUGAGGAGCACCGGCCGACGGAGAGGGAAACGUCGAGUAAUGAAGAAGAAAACUUUCAAGGAUGACAAAGGGUAUCUGGUUACGAAAGAAGAGCCUGUGUGGGAGUCUUUCUCGGAAGAUGAGCCAGAGCCCCCGAAGAAAAGGCCCUUCCCAGCGCCGUCAGGUGGAAAGGCUGCAAAGGGAGGGCAGAAAUCCAGCCAGGGAAGCAUCAUGUCGUUUUUCGGCAGGAAAUAA